UUGAGAUUUAUUGUUAUUUUGUUUGCAUCUUGUUUUGAUAAUGUUGGAAUCAUGAAAUGUUUACUUGAAUAGCAAUGGAAGCUGGAGGUAGCAGUAACGAUAAUAGGUGGGGUGAAUCUAGGCGUACAUGGAGUAGAGGUGAGGAAGAAGCUUUGCUGGUUCUUUUAGAUGAAGCUGUAGCUAGUGGGCAACGUUGUGAUACGGGAGCAUUUAAACCUGGUACACUUAAUAUGAUUGAGCGGCAACUGGCUGAAAUGUGUCCUAACUCGGGAUUGCGAGCAACUCCACAUAUUGAAUCGAAGCUAAAAAAGUGGAAGAAGCAAUAUGGCAUCAUAUACGACAUGCUGAACAAAAGUGGAUUUGGAUGGAAUGACACUCUUAAAUGUGUGGAGAUUGACAGUGACGAUGCUUGGAAAGCAUAUGUGCAGAGUAAUCCAAGUGCAAAAAGUUGGAGAGAUAAACAUUUCCCGAUAUAUGAGAGGCUUGCUAAUAUUUUUGGGAAGGAUCGGGCAACAGGACAUGGAGCACAAACUCCAAUUGAUUUAGUUAAUGAUAUAAAUAUGGAGCCUGACAAUGACCAAUUUGAUGAUGUGGGUUCUCCAAUGUCUAUGAAUCAAACACAUAGUCAACUGCCCACACAAUCCCAAUUAAGAGGUAAGAGGAAAGCUCAAUCGAAGGAUGUUGACAUCGUUAGCGGGUUAAACAAUGUAGCAGAUAAGUUUAUAGAUAAAUUGGCUACACAGUUAGACAAGUUGGAGAAGUCUGAUAUCAACUAUCCACAAUACUUAGCUAUGGAGCUUGACAGGUUAGGAUUCCAUAUUACUGACAAUCUCAAAAUCUCUAAGGCAAUGAGAUCGGAUCCAUCGAACGUUGAGGUUUUCAAGAUUAUUAAAACCGAUGCGCAGAAGAUUGAAUUUGCUCGUGGAUUUUUGGAUAACUAAAUUAGUAUGUUGUGGAUUAUAUAUUUAUGGAUAUGUAUGAGAGGAUGACAACUAUGAACAUUUGGAAU